CCGCGUUGGGAGCCGGCGGCAGAUCCCGGGACGCGGAGACCCGGGGUCCCGGCAGCGGGGCGGCCCCCGGGCCCAGGGAAGGGAUGCAUCGCCGCAGGGUGGGAGCUGGUGCCAUCGCCAAGAAGAAGCUUGCCGAGGCCAAGUAUAAGGAGCGAGGCACUGUCUUGGCUGAGGCCCAGCUGGCCCAGAUGUCGAAGCAGUUGGACAUGUUCAAGAGCAACCUGGAGGAAUUUGCCAGCAAGCACAAGCAGGAGAUCUGGAAGAAUCCCGAGUUCCGGGUGCAGUUCCAGGACAUGUGUGCCACCAUUGGGGUGGACCCUCUGGCCUCUGGAAAAGGAUUUUGGUCUGAGAUGCUAGGUGUGGGGGAUUUCUAUUAUGAGCUGGGUGUCCAGAUUAUUGAAGUAUGCCUGGCCCUGAAGCACCAGAAUGGAGGUCUGAUAACUCUGGAGGAACUGCAUCAACAGGUGUUAAGAGGAAGGGGCAAGUUCGCGCAAGACGUCAGCCAAGACGACCUGAUCAGGGCCAUCAAGAAACUGAAGGCGCUGGGCACGGGCUUCGGCAUCAUCCCUGUGGGCGGCAUCUACCUCAUUCAGUCUGUUCCGGCUGAGCUCAACAUGGAUCACACGGUGGUGCUGCAGCUGGCCGAGAAAAAUGGCUACGUGACCGUCAGUGAUAUCAAAGCCAGUCUUAAAUGGGAGACCGAGCGAGCGCGGCAAGUGCUGGAACACCUGCUGAAGGAAGGGCUGGCCUGGCUGGACCUGCAGGCCCCAUGGGAGGCCCACUACUGGCUGCCGGCUCUCUUCACGCACCUCUACUCCCAGGAGAUUACAGCCGAGGAGGCCAGAGAAGCCCUCCCCUGACUCCGCGAGUGCGGGAGGGGCCCCCGCGGCAGGCAGGGACAGGGCGGAGCUGCUGGCCGAUAAAACCUGAA